AUGGAAGAGCUCAGAAUUAAGUAUAUUCUUCUACGUGAUCAUGUCGGACACGCAGUUGAAAAAGACAUGUUGUCCCUCGGCCUUACGACAAGGUCUUCACCAGAGCAAGUUUUGCGAGGUGAGUUAUUAGAAGGUGUUCCUGAGGCUGAACAGCCUACAGACUCAACUGAAGUAGCUGUUGUUGGAAUUGAACGUAAAUCAUUACGUCUUGAAUGUCCUACGGAGGAUGUGGCUCGACUAUCUGAGGGAGAAACCAACUUGCUUUUAGCAAUUACUUCAGCUGAAGGAAGAUACCAAACUUAUAUGGAUAGGAAACGUUUAGCAUUUGGCCGACAAUUGUCACACGGAAGGGCUGUUUUCGUCGAAGUGAAAGGAGCCUCACGGAUUUUACCUGGUAUUGUUUGGUACAAAGGUGUAUUACCACCCUGUCUGGGAACUUGGUUUGGAGUUGAACUCUUCGUAAGUACUCGUGCAUUAGUUAAGUCGUGUUGUUGGAUGUAACAAUUUACAUCAUGUAAAUUUCGUUCAGACAGCAACACAACUGAAUUACCAUGCAUGUUACACCGAGUUAAGCUUGCUUUUACAUCUCGUGAGUAUUUUUUCAAUCUCUUCAAUGCCCAUCUUCGUAGGAGACUCUUAAGACUGAAGGGAUAUCUAAAUGAUUCAUUCAAUAGUAUGUAAUGGUAAAACUUACUCUUCAGACAGUCAUGUGCAAGUUGUCAUCUCUAAUUAAGAAUAAUGUCAUGUUUACCGAUAAGAUUUUAUAAUCCUGCUCUCUUGGUAGUAUGGUGUACAUGUAUGUUGUACACUGGAUGCUGAACAGUUAGUAUGAGAUAAAAUUUUUUCAUUGAUUAUGAUGGGAACCAUAGUGAUGAUAACGAUGAUGAUAUUGGUGAAAGUCAUAAUGAUGGUUAAUGAUGACAGUUAUCUUCAAUAUUAAUGAUUACAAUCUGUGGUUUAACAUAUCUAGAGACAUCCAGGGUCAGGAACAUGCGAUGGAACAUUUAGAGGCAAGCAAUACUUUAUCUGUGAGCCAGAUUCUGGGGUUUUUGUUGGACUGGACAAAUUGACAGCUAGAGAAGUUGAAGAUGACUUGAAAUCUUCAAAAAUUACAAAAAAAGAUGAGCAUAUUCAGGCCAAACUUAAAUCAAGUCUUAAGGAUUCAGUACUGUCAUUUUGGAAGGGAAAACAUGUGCAAAGGUCAUUUCAAGGAAUUGAUGGAGUGCUUAAGAUUGAUGAAAGAGUUGUGACAUUUAUUAUGGAUUCUCCAGCCAGAGAAACUGUGCGACAUAUUGGAGAGGAGGUUGAUUCAAUUGGAAAUGUUUACAUAAUUGUAGGACUAGAACUGGUAGGUAAUCAUAAUUUUUAA